GCAAUUUCUUGGAUCAAUUGGUUGCAAAAAUGGCACAUAAUCCUGAGGAACAGAAAAGCUUCAGUGUCCGAGAAUCCGAUCUGACCUCGAAAGAAAGCGACGUGGUGCCCAGGGAUCGUUCUGAAAAAGAGAAUCGCUCCGACCAAGCACUAGACUUUCUCAAGCAGCACAAGAACGAUGCGGCAGUGGAUCUGUCUAGACAGGCCUCGUUCACCCGUGCUUUGAGGAGAAGGGUUGACUUUCGUGUCAUCCCUUUUUUGUGUUGCUGCUACACGUUGAACUUCCUCGACAAGGUUCUACUCAAUUAUGCCAAUAUUAUGGGAAUGGCUCCCGAGAUCAACCUCCGGGGCAAUGAGUACUCGCAUGCUUAUGCCGACUUCUGGAUAGCCUCCCUUGUGUUCUCACUGCCGAAUAUAUGGCUGCUCAACAGAUUCCCCGUCGCAAAAUUUCUCGGCUGCUGUCUUGUUGGUUGGGGACUUUGCAAUGCUUGUCAUGCCGCUCUCGAGAGCUAUACUGGUCUGGUUGUCUUGCGCGUCCUGAGCGGGGCCUUCGAGUCUGGUAUCCUGCCCGCGUUGAUUCUGAUCGCAAGCCAAUACUUUACCUAUGAGGAGCAGUCAGUGCGCUUUUCAUUCUGGUACAGUGGCAUGGGACUCGGACAAAUCCUCGGCGGCUUGAUCUCGUUUAGCUUCCAGCAUGUAUCGACCGAGGCAGCCUUGAGUGGGUGGAAGACUAUGUUCCUCGUACUGGGUCUUGUCACCAUCGCUUUUGGAAUCCUGGUUAUCCUCAUGGUCCCGGACACACCGAUGAGCGCUCCAUUCUUGAAUAACGACGAUAAGGUCGCCAUGCUGGAGCAUGUGAAGGUCAACCAGACCGGUAUUCAGAACACGCACUUCCAUCCUAAACAGCUGCUAGAGGGCCUCCUUGACAUCGGAUGCUGGCUUCUACUCGUCAACGUGACACUGCAACUCUGCGGCUCCGGCGUUGUCACGGCAUACUCCGCCACAAUCCUGAAAUCGUUCGAUUAUACUUCUAAAGAGGCCGCGCUUCUCAAUAUGCCGUGCGGCGUGGUUAACAUUAUCGCAACGAUGUGCAAUGCCACGUUUGUGCGGUACUAUGGGAACCGUUGGCUUGUCAUCACCGUCACGGGGGCGGUGGGCACUGUUGGCGCAGGCCUGCUCUGCUUCCUCCCUCACUCGAACAAGGCCGGCCUUCUGGUUGGCAUGUAUUUGAUCAAUGUGCUCCCGGGGGCAACCAUCAUAGUGUUCCAAUGGCUGUCUUGUAAUGUUGCUGGGCACACGAAGCGCGCCUAUGUCUCGGCCGCAGCCAACGCCGCCUUUGCGGUCGGGAACAUCGUCGGGCCAGAGACGUUUAGAGCUAAUGAGGCUCCCGGUUUCAGGAGUGCCAAACUCACUCUGGUCAUAGCUUGGGCUCUGCUGGUCGCAUUUUCUCCGCUGGCUGGAGCGUACUACGCCUUGAAGAACAAGUCGAGAGAACGCAGGGCCGAGGAGGUGACGGAUAGACAGGCAUACGCCGGGCUGACUGAUAAGGAGAAUGAGACGUUCCGGUAUCAUUUGUGAGAUGGGCGCCUGGACGAUAUGAACGAAGUAGAUUCAGUGCGCAGCUAAGGUAUGUUCGCCGGGGCCCAUCUUUAGUUCGCCG